CGGCGCGCGCGCGGUGGGCCCCGGUCCUUCUGCGGCUUUCGGAGUGAGCACGCGGGUCCGGGAAGCGCAGGCGCAGUCUGGGCAGAGGCGGGUUGGGGCGUGCAGACGGAGCGAGGAGCUGUGUCUGUCCCGAACGCCCCGACGACGACAGCACGUUCCUCCCGCAGGCGCGGACGCCUAUGGCCUCUCCGGUGGCAGACGCAUCCCGCCGGCGGCGGGAGAAGCGCAGGCAGCUGGACGCGCGCCGCAGCAAGUGCCGCAUCCGCCUGGGCGGCCACAUGGAACAGUGGUGCCUCCUCAAGGAGCGGCUGGGCUUCUCCCUGCACUCGCAGCUCGCCAAGUUCCUGUUGGACCGGUACACUUCUUCGGGCUGUGUCCUCUGUGCAGCUCCAGAGCCUGGGCCUCGGAAGGGUCUGCAGUACCUGGUGCUCCUGUCUCAUACACACAGCCGGGAAUGUGGCCUCGUGCCUGGGCUCCGGGGGCCUGGAGGUGGCGAAGGAGAGCUUGUGUGGGAGUGCUCCGCGGGCCACACGUUCUCCUGGGAACCCUCUUUGAUUCCUGCACCUUCAGAUGUGUCUAAGCAGGCCCCUGUCCCACACACCAUGGAGAGACCCUGGUGCUCAGAGGCCAGGAGGAAGCAGGAAGCCCAAGGUUUGGAAUGUGAGCAGCGAGAAAGGACUGAAGAAGCCAGGCUGUCCAGGAGAGUAGAUUCUCCACUGGAGAUCGACCCACCCGUGGGAGAAGAUCAGGAUGUGGAAGAGGAGGAGGAGGAGGAGGAAGAAGAAGAGCUGCUCAGUGACGCCAGCCCAUGGACCUACAGCUCCUCCCCAGAUGACAGUGAACCAGAUGUCCCUAGGCCACCUCUGUCCCCUGUUACGCAUACACCUAAGGAGGGAGAGAGCUCGCCAGUGCCUGCAACUCUGCCCACUCCCUGUGCUGUUGUUGCCUCCUUGGGUUCUCCAGCUGCUCUGACAUCAGAUACUGAGGUGCAGCUGGGACUCGGCAGGACCCCUCAGGUGCCUGCAGAGCUGCACGUGACUGAGUCUCUGGAGAGCCCUGGGAGUCAGGCCCAGUCUGCCCCGAAUCCGACUUGGGAUGACGAUGCUGCCCAGAUUGGGCUCAGGAGAAUUAGGAAAGCUGCCAAAAGAGAGCUGAUGCCCUGCGACUUCCCUGGCUGUGGAAGGAUCUUCUCCAACCGGCAGUAUUUAAAUCACCACAAGAAGUACCAGCAUAUCCACCAGAAGUCGUUCUGCUGCCCUGAGCCAGCUUGUGGGAAGUCCUUCAACUUUAAAAAGCACCUGAAGGAGCAUGUGAAACUACACAGUGAUACCAGGGACUACAUCUGUGAAUUCUGUGCUCGAUCUUUCCGCACUAGCAGCAACCUGGUCAUCCACAGACGAAUCCACACAGGAGAGAAACCCCUGCAGUGUGAGAUAUGUGGAUUUACUUGCCGCCAGAAGGCCUCCCUAAACUGGCACCGACGCAAGCAUGCAGAGACUGCAGCUGCCCUGCGAUUCCCCUGUGAAUUCUGUGGCAAACGCUUUGAGAAGCCAGACAGUGUGGUAGCUCACUGUAGCAAAAGCCACCCAGCCCUGCUCCCAGCACAAGAGCCACCUGGCUCUUUGGUGUCUAGUCCCAACAUUUCUGCCCCCGAAUCCCUGCAAUCUCCUGAGGGGGCAAGCAUCUCUACCACUUCUGACUCUAAUCCUGCCCCCUCAACAUCCAUUUCUUCACCUGAGGUGCCAGACCCCAGGAACAGAGAGAAAAGUUAGGUGGUGGUUCCCAGGAACUAGGAUAUUUGAGUACAGUGGAGGGUAGAGCACCAUUGGGCUCCAGAUACCAGGCUUUAGCCUUCAAGGAAAUAAUAAAUGGUAUUUUAUGCAAGUGUAUGCUUUGGUGCUACAGAUAUAAGAAUCUGGGAGUCUUUUGAAAACAGGCUGUUAGUGUGUGCCAGAAUGCAGAAGAAGCUGAUCCACUCGCAUGCCCUUCUUUCUAGACUCACUUUACAGAACUUCCCUGUAGCGUGUUAACAGUUGCCUUGGCCUAAGGGCAGACUAGACCAGGAAGCAGAUGACCCUGUCCUGUCUAGCAUUUGCCUCUGGUUAGGCCCUGCAGUCUGGCCUUCUGAUAUAGAACUGAGCCCCACAUCAAAAUAUCUAG